CAUCAUUAUUCUUCAUUUUCAACAUGGCUGACGGUUGUUCGUAGCUUGCCAACUUUACGUUCGUGCAUUUCUUUGUUAUUAUUUCAUCAAUUCGUCUAUAAUUUUGAUCUUCAAAUUGUUUGCAAUACAAUGUUUAUUAUUUAAUUAAUAUUUUAAAACAUAUUCCAAUAUACAAAGUGAUCGGAUAAUGUGCGAAAAUUAACUUCAAAUUUCAGAUCAGAUCCAAAUAUCACAGAAAAAUCGUCGCGAUUCUACUUUUUUUUUCAAUUCAAUAUUGACACGGUGCGCAGACGACCAGUUAAAGAAAAUCCCACAAGAAAACGAAAUAAAUGAAAAAACCUAUUUUAUAAAGAAAAUUUAUAUAUUUUUUGUAGAUUUUUAUUGUAUUAAAUUGUUGAAUCCAAUUGUUAAUAAAAUGUGCCCGCAAAAUCUGCAAGAAAAUUCAUUUUGAGAAAAAUAAAAUUGAGACUCGGACGACCGAAGGAAUUCACACAAUUUGCAAUUAUUAAGAUUCCAUUCGUCGUCGUCUUUUUUUUUUUUGUUGUUGGUUGGUCUUUCUCUCGAUUUUUCUUACAAUUUUCCUGAGUUUUGUGUCUGUUUUUACAAAAUAAGAAAUAUCCCCCUUUUCCGUGUGGUUCACUGAAACAUACAAAAAAAAUAUCCGCAAAUAAAAGUGCGUAAGAGUGAAAAAUCAAAAAAAAAUCUUAAAAUCGGAGAAUCUUGAAUGUGUUUAGUUGGGUUAUUUCAUUAAAAAUAGAAAUUAGAACGAAACAAGACAAAAUAAUGGUCAAUUUGCGAAAUAUGCAAAACAAAUUUGGGGGAAAAUAUGAAAAAUCCCUAAAUUAAGUGAUAAUUUCCUAACAAGCGAUUGCAAUUUGCUCUUGAAAAUCAUUCAUCUGCAUCUGCAAUCUUCGACGACAACCACGGCCUAGCCGAGAGCAGCUGCUUCGGAUUUGCUUUGGCCGACAGCGACACGGAUAGUUGCCAUCGUCCUCGUCGCCACACAAAUUGGAUUAGAAUUUUAUAAUUCCUUUCAUCGAUUGGGGUGAUCAUGAUUUGUCUUUGAUUUGUAUUUUAUUGGAAUAGGGGGAUCAUUUAUUCAAUUUAUAUCUCCUUUGGACAUUAAAAUUGAUCGUGAUUGAAACAUUUGCAAGCAUCGAUCAGGAGAGUUUGCUGUCGGAAGCAUAAAUAAAUACAAAAAAUAAAAUAUAUUUAUCUACUGCAACUGCUUUUAUAUUAAAAACGGUCGCGUGUAUAUUUAUUUUUUUUACAAUCAUUAAUCUAACAAUAUAAAAUAUUAAAGUGCCUUUGAAGUAAAUAAAAAAAAAAAAAAAUGAUUUUAAUCAUGAAAUGUGUGAUAAUAUCUGCAAAUUAAUGGAAUUUAUAUAUUUUAAAUUUUAAAAGAACAAAAAAAAAGUCUAAUUUAUUAUAUUUAUUAUACAAAAAAAAAACUUAGAUUAUAAAUAAUUAAUUACAUAUAUACUCGUAUAAAUACUUAUAGAAAAAAAAAUUAGGUUAAAUAACGCGUUACUAGUUAAAACAAAAACAUAACAAAAAAAAAUUAAUUUAUAAACAAAUUUUGUGAAUAUGUGAUAUGAUUAGGAGGGAGUGUCACAAGAAUGCAUCCAGCGGGCGGAAGAACGGGUCGCCCCGAAAAGUACACAGAAGAAGCGCUGUUGAGUAUUAAACAGGAUUUGACUCGUUUUCAAGUACAAAAGGAUAAUGCUGCGCAGACUGUUGCUGCACUCCGGUACAAGGCGGCCAAUGGCCGACCCGACCUACCCGAGUACCAUCCCAAGCCUCCAAUGGAGCCACCGCCACCACAACAACCCACAUCACAGGGUAAUGGCCAUAUGCCAAAGGUGAUGUCGAUGCUGGCGCCCAAACUUAACCGCAAACCAAGCAUAGAACGUGAAUUACCUCUGCCAUAUCAUCGCUGUAGUCCAGCGCUCGAUUCUGGAGCAGGCAGUUCCCGUUCCGAUAGUCCACAUUCGCACUCCCAACAAGUGACAUGUGCAAGUCGCGCCAGCACCGGCCAAUACAGUCCAUCGCCAUCGAGUUUCAGUGAUGUGGGCCCGCCACCGCCAGCGCCGCCACCACGAAAUUCCUCAACAUCGUCAACACCGCCGCCACCCGCCCAGUUUUAUAAACGAAGAUCACCGGCAACUGCCCGGCCCGUGGCAUUGUCAGCUCCAAAUCCUACACGUGGCACAUCGCCCGUAUCGGUUACAGUGUCGGCCAAUUCGGUAGUAGCCGCAAAUCUUCGUCAAGCACCUGUGAUCGCUCAAAAUGGUUCGAAAGCUCAACAGCAACUUACGCAUCAAAUGAAAGCCCUUAGCCUUUACCAAAACGGUGGUAAUUCUGGUGAACCACCACCACCGUAUCCAAUUAGUACUGGCCAAGGAUCAGCCCCACCACCCAGCUACACAGCUUCGAUGCAAAGUCGACAGAGCCCGACACAGUCACAAUCCGAUUAUCGGAAAUCGCCCAGCAGCGGUAUCUAUUCGGCCACAUCAGCUGGUUCACCAUCACCAAUCACCGUUACAAACAGUGCAAUUCACCCCUUACAAGCAUCCUCGCUGGCGAGACCACAGCCAUGGGGUGCUUAUCAAACGCGCACCCAGCCACCGAUCAUAAUGCAAUCGGUCAAAUCCACCCAGGUUCAAAAGCCAGUACUGCAAACGGCAGUGGCACCACAAUCGCCUGUCUCACCAUCGAAUUGCAAUUCGCCUGUGCACAUUCUAGCCGCGCCACCAUCGUAUGCGCCCACCAUUCAAGUUAAAGUUGCUCAACAACAACAGCAGGUGGCCUCGCCGAUGAUAACUGGAUCAACUACGAUAUCCCCGAAGCCAUCUGUUGUGGCGCCUAAUGCUCAAAUCCCAUCAACGCCCCCACCUCUCAUUGGGGUUGGACUCAAAGAACCUCCGUCUUAUGCGACUAGUAUGCAAGCGAAGGCUGCCCAACAUCAUCAGGUGCAGCAGCAGAAACAUCAGCAACAACAACAACAACAACAGCAGCAACAACAACAACAGCAGCAACAACAACAGCAGCAACAGCAACAGCAGCAACAACAACAACUUCAACAACACCAACAACAACUUCAACAACAACAACAACAGCAGCAGCAACAACAACAACAGCAAAAACAAGUUCCAGUGAGUAGCAGACAACUUCCUCCUCCUCCGCCCUACCAUGCGAACAGCAAUAACAACAACAACAAUAGAAAUAAUCUAGAUAAUAAGCCAAAUAGUAGCAACAAUAACAACAACAUCGCCACAACUCUACAUCCUUCGAAUAGUAAUAAUAAUUUAUUAAACAUCAACUCCACAACAACGCCCCCACCAAUCCCGCCAUCUAAAAACAAUGGCACUGCCUCGAGCAGUGCUCCCAUGAUUAGCCAAGUUGCCAACAGCAACAACAACAACAUUAACAAUGCCAACAAUCCAUCAAGCAAAAGUGAUAAUUGCCGAAAGAUCAAACACCAGUCACCAAUUCCGGAGCGUAAAAAAGUCUCCAAGGAAAAGGAGGAGGAACGCAAAGAAUUUCGAAUACGGCACUAUUCGCCGCAAGCCUUUAAAUUCUUUAUGGAACAGCACAUUGAGAACGUGCUUAAGUCAUACAAACAGCGAACUUAUCGCAAGAAUCAACUAGAAAAAGAAAUGCUGAAAAUUGGUCUGUCCGCACAGACUCAGGUUGAGAUGCGCAAAAUGUUGAACCAGAAGGAGAGCAAUUACAUUCGACUGAAGCGGGCGAAAAUGGACAAGUCAAUGUUUGUGCAGAUCAAACAUAUUGGGGUGGGUGCAUUUGGUGAGGUGACACUUGUACGGAAAAUCGAUACAACAAAUCAUUUGUAUGCAAUGAAAACUUUGCGCAAAGCUGAUGUGUUGAAGAGGAAUCAGGUGGCGCAUGUAAAGGCAGAGAGGGAUAUUUUGGCUGAGGCGGAUAAUAAUUGGGUUGUUAAGCUGUAUUAUAGCUUUCAAGAUAAGGAGAAUUUGUAUUUUGUAAUGGAUUAUAUUCCGGGUGGGGAUUUAAUGUCGUUACUGAUUAAAAAAGGAGUAUUUGAAGAACCUCUGGCUAGGUUUUACAUAGCUGAACUGACAUGUGCCGUUGAAAGUGUCCAUAAAAUGGGUUUCAUUCAUAGGGAUAUCAAACCAGAUAAUAUUCUCAUCGAUAGAGAUGGUCAUAUUAAAUUAACCGAUUUCGGACUAUGUACAGGCUUUAGAUGGACUCACAAUUCAAAAUACUACCAAGAAAAUGGUAAUCAUUCGCGGCAAGACUCAAUGGAACCAUGGGAAGAUAUGAUGGAGAAUGGAACCCGGCCAACUGUGUUGGAGAGGAGACGAAUGCGGGAUCAUCAACGUGUUCUAGCCCAUUCAUUAGUUGGUACACCGAAUUACAUUGCUCCCGAAGUACUCGAGCGCAGUGGAUAUACGCAACUUUGUGAUUGGUGGAGUGUCGGUGUUAUUCUCUAUGAGAUGUUAGUUGGCCAACCACCAUUUUUAGCAAAUACACCAGUUGAGACACAACAAAAGGUUAUAAACUGGGAAAAAACUUUACACAUCCCACCACAGGCAAAGUUAAGCCGCGAAGGAAGCGAUCUAAUAUGCCGAUUGUGUUCAUCAGCCGACAAACGGCUGGGCAAAAAGGCCGACGAAGUCAAGCAACACGAUUUCUUCAAAGGUGUCGAUUUUGCAGACAUGCGCAAACAAAUCGCCCCAUAUAUUCCAAAGAUUGAGCAUCCAACGGAUACAUCUAACUUUGAUCCUAUUGAUCCGGAUAAGUUGCGCUCAGCCAACGACUCGAAUUUGAGUUUUGAUGAAAUGGACGAUACGGGUAAGCCGUAUCAUGGAUUCUUUGAAUUCACAUUUAGGAGAUUUUUCGAUGAUAAGCUCAAUCCGGAUAUGAUGGAUGAUCAAACACCGGUAUAUGUGUAAACAGCAUGAAAAAAUAUAGAAAAACAAAAUAGGGCGACGCGAUGAAAAGUAGAUUUACAAUUAAAGAAAAAUAGGUUUUUCUUUUCUUACUUACCUAUGCCUUUUUCCUUUCUCCUAAUUUCCUUUUCCUCCAAAAAACUUUAACUAAUAAAUUAUUUUAUUAUUAAGUUCUUCA